AUGACCGUAAAGGCAGCAUGACCUUUUACCCAAACGGCCUCUCAGUCAUGCGUUCGCGUUACCGACACCGUUUGUGACGGACUGUCCGUUGUUCGGUGAGCCCGCAACAAUUCACGGGGCCGUUCAGCAGAAGGAGCAGCCAGCGGGCGUAGCCGGCGGUCAGAGCGGGAGCGUUAGCCGCCGAAAGCUGACGGGAGAUGGAGGAGUUUCUGUUGAGCUGUCGCCGCGCGGUGCAGGCAAACACAGACCAGGGUCGGCAGUUCCAUGUUGUCAUGGGAAAUGAGGCCUGUGACAUGGACUCCAUGGUCUCCGCUGUGGCUUACGCCUACUUCCUGUCUAAGACUGCUCAGAGUGAUGCCCUCACUGUCCCUGUGCUGAACAUUGCACGGUCGGACCUGCCGCUGCGCUCAGACAACAUGUUCCUGCUGCAACAGUCCGGUCUGUCUCCUGACCUUUUGCUGUUCAGGGAUCAGUUGGACCUGAAAGCGCUACAGAGAUCCAGCCGCCUGCAGCUGACUCUGGUUGACCACAACGUCCUCCCCAGUUCAGACAGUGACCUGGAGGGGGCAGUGGUGGAAGUGAUUGACCAUCACCUGCAGGAGAGAGAGCCCACUUCAUCCUGUCCUGUUACCAUAGAGAUGGUGGGAUCCUGCGCUACCCUGGUAACGGAACACAUCCUUCAGAAAGCGCCACAGAUCUUGGACCAGCAGCUUGCUCAGCUGCUCUACGCGACUCUGGUGUUGGACUGUGUCAACAUGGCGCCUUCAGCAGGAAAAGUGACGCCUAAGGACAGUCUGUACGCUGCGGCGCUGGAGACGCGUUUCCCCGACCUGCCACCGAGGGGCGCUCUAUUCCAGGCGCUGCAGAACGCCAAGUUCAAUGUGUCAGGUCUCAACACUGAACAGAUGUUGUUGAAGGACAUGAAAGUUGUGUCAGGAAGCUUGAAUCUCGCCGUCUCUGUUCUAUACAUCACACUAGAGGAGUUCUUGCAGAGGGCGGCGCUGGAGGCAGAGCUGUCCGAGUUCUGUGAGAAGCAUGGAUUCAAUUUGCUGCUGCUGAUGACAAUCUCCUUCACUGAGAGCAAAGAACCAAUCAGAGAACUUGCUGUGUUCAGCCUCAGCACCACAUGCAGGGAGCAGGUGAGCCUAUACCUGGAACAGGCUCGUAACCCCCCCCUUAACCUCUGUCCAAUCAGCAGCCCCCACACUCACAUCACCGCCUAUCAUCAAGGAAACGCUCUGGCGUCUCGUAAGAAGGUCCUGCCCAUCGUUAAGGACUUCCUGAUGGAGAGGGACGGUGACAUGGAUGAUGACGAGUCUCAGGUCCCGCCGACCCCCAUGAAUAGCCUGGUGGACGGCUGUCCUCUAGACGAUGGUCUUCCCCACAUCAGCGCUCAGGACCUGGAGGAGAAGUUCAGCAAGAUCGAGGCAGACAGUGGUGGGAAGUGACCUGUCCGUCAUCCUGACGAGCAGAGAGGAAGACGAGGAUGAAGGUACCACAGACACGGGAAGGACAGUCAUGAUGAGGCUUCUGACACAAAAUAAACGCUGUGUGUUUUAUCACAA